AUGAAGUCCUCUACUCUCAAGACUCUAAGUGUCCUGGCCUGGGCGGUUAGCCAUGCCAAGGCAGAUCUCUCAGAGUUAUUCAACAUCACUACCUUCCCCAAUGAGCAAAAGGAUAAUGUCACGAAGUGGCUGGCUGAAGCUCGCACGCUUGCAGGACCAGAUCUGACCGCACACUACGGUCACCGCUGCAUCCUCGGCCAAGUCUAUCCCGUGCUAUCGAAUGCCGCUCAAACCCCCGGGUUCAUUCAACCUCGCGAGGUCUUCGACCGUUUUUACUUCAUCGGCCAGAGCGCUGUGUCCGCAUGGGCUUACGAUACCGGUGAUGGCCUGGUCGUGUUCGACGCUUUGAAUGACGCUGAGGAGGCCGAAAAGAUCUUGAUUCCCGGGCUUGAGGCAUUCGGGUUCUCGGGCAACGACAUCAAGCACCUCAUCAUCACCCAUGAACAUUUCGAUCACUAUGGCGGAGUCCGCUAUCUUCAGGACACAUAUGGUCCCGCGACAUACGCCUCGGCUCCUGCGUGGGAAACUCUUAGAGGGGAGGAGGAUGGCCCUCUAGAAGAUAAGACGAUUGCGGAUGGAGAGGAGCUCACUUUUGGCAACGUUACGAUUAAGUUUUAUGUCACGCCUGGCCACACACGCGGUACCGUGUCCUCCAUCUUCAAGCUUUACGAUGGCGGCGUUGAGCACACAGCUGGCCUUUACGGUGGUGGCGGCAUACCCAGCACAGCUGCAGACAAGGAGGCACAGAUCACAUCUUUCAACCGAUUUGCGGAUCUGGCCAAGGAAGCUGGCGUUGACACCCUCAUUGCAAACCAUCAAACACAAGACCGGUCACUCUACGCUUUCGAUCUACUUGAGCAUAGAGCCGAGGGGACGGAGCACCCACUUGUGAUCGGAUCCGAUGCGUAUGACCGUUAUCUCAGAGUAAUGGCGCAAUGCGUUCGCGUUAAGGCAGCAAGAGACGGUCAGAAUUUGCAGAUUUAG